AUGGCCGUUGAUAUGACACCACGUGGUACAGUAGGAUGUUGCUAUUACGUCGCAAGAGAGGAGAAGCUGUACUUCAUGGAAGAUAUACAAUGCGGCGACGUUGAUGUUAUCGACUCCCUGAGAACAUUCAUCGAGCCUACCGUUGUCCUGGUAUCGACAAAGAUUGACGACAAAGUCAUCGAACGGUUCGAUCCAGAGGCCAGGAGCGACUCCGCAAGCAGCGACAACGACCAGUUUCGCCUUCCAUUCCUGCUGGAGGUGAGGCCACCCAAUGAGUUCUUCUACGAUGCUGCAAAGAGCAAGCUUGUCAGCCUCCGCCUGGGUGACGAGAGUGGUACUCGUGUCAGUUUCAACAUACCUGGAGAACUUGCGUCAAUGAACCAUCUGGACGAAGAAGGCACGUUAGGCCAGCAAGGACAACUGCUCCGGCUAGCAGGAUGGAUUGACCUUGACAGCCGUUCAACGGUCGGCUGCGCUGGAGCACUUAUAUCGUAUCUUCAACGCCGACGCGCUGCAGCGUAUCUUCCUGGCGAUCGCUCAGCCUAUCUCAUGUUCCGUAUCACAACACUGGAAAUGUUCAGCCUUCGAGAGACCAUGUUCAUCAACGCAGAUACCCUUCACUCCUUACAAAUUAUGGGUGCCGAAUCACAUCCGCACUCGCACAACAAAGGGCCGACCAAAGCCAGCUCCGGCGAAAAGGAAGGGCUCUCUGUGUAUGGGCUAUUUCACCAUCUCGCUCGAACACCACAAGGAAGGUUCCUGCUUCGGCAACAGUUCCUGCGCCCUAGCCUCAACAUCGACAUCAUCAACGAGAGGCUGAGUACGAUAGGGGUCUUCGUUCGCCCAGACAACGAUCCCGCAGUACAGGCACUUGUACAGAAUCUCAAGAAUGUCAGCAACAUGCGUGCCAUGAUGGUCAACCUGAGAAAGGGCUUUGCAUUCCAUGCACUCAAGAUCAAAGACACAUUACAGGAUGUUCUCGGUGGUGAAAGCUUAGCUAUCAGGAACAAGGUGUUCGAGAAAUUUGAAGGCUACCACCUGGCCCAGAUCGGAAGGAAGAUCAGUGAGACCAUCGACUUGGCCAGUUCGGCAGAAGAAGGUCGGGCUGUCAUCAUGCCUGGCGUUGACGACGAGCUGGAUCAGAUGAAAAGGACUCUAGACAGUCUUGACGACUUCCUCAACCGAGUAGCGCGAAAGCUGUCUGAGAAGAUGCCCUCUGACAUUCGCGCCACCCUGAAUGUCAUCUACUUUCCGCAAAUCGGGUUCCUCUGCACCACUCCCGUCAAUGAACUAAGUGGAGACGCCGUCUACCAAGGCACCUUCGACAGUCCUUGGGAGAGGAUGUUUGCCACUGAAGAGCAGGUCUACUUUAAGAACAGCGAAACCCGAGAGAUGGAUGAUCACUUUGGCGACGUGUACGGCAUCAUCUCAGAUCGCGAAAUCGAGAUUAGCCACGAGCUCGCGCAGUAUCUACUUCAAUAUGAAGAUCUGCUGACAUCUUGUUCGGACGUAUGUGGAGAGCUUGACAGCCUUCUUGCAUUAGCACAAGGCGCGAAGAUCUAUAAGCUUUGUCGCCCUCGGAUGACCAACGACAAUGUCAUACGUAUCAAGGGAGGCCGCCAUAUUCUGCAAGAGCUCACAGUAUCAUCCUUUGUUGCGAACGAUACGACCUUAAGAGGCGGGGAGGGUGAUGGAGCUUCGGAGGAAGACGUCGAUGAAAGCUAUGGUACCGGUACCCAACCGAUUACGAGCUCUGCAAGUCGCCAUACCUACGCGCAUAAAGAUAGCGCAAGCAUGCUUGUCUUGACCGGGCCCAACUAUUCAGGCAAAAGCGUGUACCUGAAGCAGGUCGCGCUCAUCGUAUACAUGGCUCACGUUGGAUGUUUCGUCCCAGCAGAUAGCGCAAAGAUUGGGCUGACGGACAAGAUCCUUUCCAGGGUGACGACGCGCGAGACAGUGUCUCGUGUCCAGAGCGCUUUCAUGAUAGACCUACAGCAGAUAUCCCUCGCACUGAGCUUGGCGACCCGCCGCAGCUUGCUUAUCAUUGAUGAGUUUGGCAAGGGAACUGAGUCUAGUGAUGGCGCUGGUCUGGCAUGCGCAGUCAUGGAGUACCUGCUGAGUCUGGGGUCUGAGCGACCAAAGGUCAUUGGUGCUACGCAUUUCCAUGAAAUCUUUGAAAUGGACCUGCUUAAGCCGAGACCCGCUCUUGCAUUCGGGCAUAUGGAAGUACGUAUCGAUGCCGAUGCUUCGGAAGUCAACGAGCAGAUAACAUAUCUCUACAAGUAA